UGUUAAUGUACUGAUUUCACAGAAUCAGUUAAAUAUAAACAAACACAGUAUAUACUUAAAAACGACAAAUAAUUCAUUUAUAAAAGAAGUUCUUAAAUAUAUAUUGAAGAUUUAAUUAUCAGGCUAGAAAUUGAAAAUGACCGCCACGGAUAAUGAAUAUCCUAAAGCUUCUAGAGCAACAUUAAUCGGAGCAUCAAUUACUUAUGUGUCGGGUUUAUUCUUGCUCCUGUCUUUCGCCGGCCCAUAUUGGAUAGAAUCCUAUCCAGAAAUGUUUUCGUCUUUCAAGCAUAUGGGUCUGUGGGAAUAUUGUUUUGACCGAUUUCGCUUUCCUCAUUACCAGUUUGAUAAGUUGUUUCAUGGAUGUAAUUACAUAUUUAGUAAGGAGUAUUAUGUGAUCCGUGAAUGGCUGCUGCCAGGCUGGCUGAUGGCUGUUCAGGCCUUUGUUACUCUGGCAUUGAUACUGUCCUUCACCUCACAACUGAUGUUGGCGAGUGUGGUUAUUCGGAUGCCGUUAAGGACUGUGCUGAGAUAUGAGUGGGUGUAUGUAUCAUGUGCUACAGUGAUGGUAGCUAUGUCAAGUGCCUUUCUAUUUCUCGCUGUGGUUGUGUUUGGAGCGAAUUGUUACCGGCGAGACUGGCUGCUGUAUCCUUCGUUCAAUGUCCUUUCAUGGUCUUACGCGUUUGCUGUGAUCGCUUCUAUAUUGUUUGGUAUUGCAGCAGUGUUUUUGUUCUUCGAGGCCCGGAAACUGUACGAAUUGCGGCUGGAGGCUAAAAACCUGGUAGCACAGAUGCACCAUAGCCAGCCUGAACAUGCCCUGCAUCAGCUCCGCGACCAGUUGCAACAGCAACAACAACAGUUUGGCUAUUAUAGGAGUUAGAUUCAAAACACCACCUUUAAAAUACAAAGCUUAAUCCUAGCCAGUAUGCAUAAGAUUAUUGCUGAGUAAAAUAUUUCUUAUUUUUAUAAUACAGUAUGACUGGUACACUAACGAUACCUAAGGAACGUACUCGGCAGGUAGAUUUUUGUUUAAAUUAUGUAAUAAAAUUAGGUACUUAAUUAUCGCGCCGCGCGUGACUCUUUCGUGAGUCAAGCGCAAGCGCCGACAGGUCCGUAUGUCGGCCUUUUCACUUCCUACUUCUGCGCCCCGCGACUAGUCUGACAAUUUCGUGCGCGACCGUCCCAUGGGGUGACAGACGGUGGAGGGGACGGGGUGCUAAGAUGCCAGCGGGUAGCGGGUGGUCUUGCGGGGAAUAGAAACACGUGAGACUGCCAUAACCCGCUACCCGUUGACAUCUUAUUAUAUUACCGUCUGUCAUCCCGUGAGACGGUCGCGCACGAAGUUGUCGGACUAUAGAUUGUAUCCUUGCGUCCGCGUCUCCAAGCGUUGCAUAACGGAUUAUUUAACUAUCGGUUGAAUAUCCUGAGUCAAUUAAUAUUUUUUUUCAUAUAUGAUCGCCAAAUAUCACUUCCUCAGUGUAUCGUUAGUGUCUCUCCAUUCAUGCGUACAAAAAAGUGAACCAAACAAUUGAACAUAAGUUUAUAGAGAUUCAAUAGGCUUUUCUAGAACAUAGAGUACGCAAUUGAAAGGAGACGCUGUUAUACAUUAUGGCGUCUUUUUCACUAUUUGAACGUGCUAGAGCUUUAUACUAGCUACUUACGCACAUAAUAAAAUUUAGGUAAACCAGUUUUUAUGAGAUGACUUAACGCACACUGCCGAUUUCUAUAUGCAUUUUAUCGGAGUUUAUUAUUUAAAUCCAUUUUCUGUUUUUGCAAUGUCCAUAAAAGACCUAUGGAACAUUUAGAUGAUCUCUUUUUUUAAAUUAUUCAUGGGAUGAAGUAUUGAUUGGUUUUUAUAUGAAUGUGACAGAUAUGAGUCUCCUAUACUCUAUGGAUUUGGAAAUUAAGAUUGCCAUAUUGAAAUGCAAAUUCAGAAUAGAUUGACAGGUGAUAUAUUAUUUGAAUUUUAAAUAAUCUUAAACUAGAGAUCGGAUAUUGAAAUCGGCCGGUAGCAAUUUAUAAAAUAACAUGGAACUAUAAAGCCUACUAAUGAAUAAUUAUGUACAAAUACAUUUAUAAAAAUAUAUAUUUGACUUGUCUGCGAAUUUCUCGCGCUCUUUUUAAAACGAUUUUAAAGUAAUGCGAUUUCGAUCGGUUAGAUGGAACUACUUGUGUUGUGUUAUAUACUAAUGAUUUUAGAGCUUAGUUUGAACUUUGAUGUUAUGUGUUACUUAAAUGACUCACAAAACGUUUAUUUAACUUGAUUAUAAUAAGUAAAUUUUUUUUUUACAGACGAUUUUAAUAACAUUCCUUUUUCUGUCUAAUUCUAAGCUGUUUCAGAUCUCUUUAAACACAUGAAACCGAAAAAAUAUCGAAAAAUGGAUGUCUUUAUUCUUUGACUUCAUUUAGUUCAGAAAUUGACAACCCUAUCGUGUUCGUUAAAUAUUAUGUACUCUAACGUAAUGUAUGUAUCUGUAGAUAUAAUAUUUGCAUUUUUAUACCCAUUUGAUUCGAUUCUUUACAUAAUACCACGUAGUUUUCUCCUAAGUUAUGUUGUCUUUUUAUGAAUUUGUCAUAAAUAUUUCAUAACAUUUAUUUCGUAAAAUAUGCUCCCUGUUGUUAUUAUGAAAAUGUUUCACAGCAGAACUGUCAAACCGUGCGCCAAUAAAUUAUCUCAUACAAUCUAUGUCCAUACAAACAUAUAUUGUAAAUAAAAAUAAUUGGCUAGCGCUUAGCAGAAUGGAACCAGUCCACAUGUAAACUAAGCUGAGUAUUUGAGGUCCAAAGACAAAAGAUAGUUAUUGUUUUGUGACUUUCGGUAUAUUUUUUGUGGAUGUGUUUAAUAUCUUUGCUACAAAUUCGAGAAAUGAACUGGUUCCUUUUUAAAUUAGAAAUAUCGCAUAAGUUUUGUUCGGGGUGUUAAACAGUAAUUUUUUAUGAUUUGGUGGGCUGGUUCCUUUCUGCUAAGCGCUAGCCAAUUGUGGGUCGGAAAUCGAGAUAAAAACUAUCCUAUCUCUCAAGUUGCACUAAACUGCACUCCAUGAAGUAAUCCCCAUUAAAAUCCGUCUAUUAGUUUAGGAGUUCACUGGAAACAAACAGCAGGACAUUGGAUUUAUAUAUAUUAAGAUAAUAUAUUAUAUAUACUGCGUCGAAACCAAUACUGAUUGAUUCUGCAAGAAUAAUUAUUAAUUAUUAAGUAUUUAGUUUUAUGUCUUUAUGAGUACUUGUGUAUUAAUACAAAAAUGUAAUAUUCGUCAUAUAUUUCCGAUUAUUUAAUCUUAUUGUGAUUUUUUUUAUAUUAUUUAUAUCAAUACAAUUUAAGAAUUUGACUGCUUUCAAAUCUCUAUAAUACCGUCCAUACUGUGUAUUCCAUUGAUAGAAAUAUAUAGUUUUAUAGUACUUAAGAUAAAAAUAAUUUGACAUGGAAUUUGUUUUAGUUUAUUUAUAAUGAAUUCACUGAACACAAUUUUUGUUUGAGUUUGAAAAAUGUAUUUUAAUAAUGAACCAUUAGUAAUUAGUUAAAUUUAUACUUUCUUAGCUGCAUUAUAGUAGUUUUAGACAAUAAUUAUAACAUAUGCUUCUCUUACAUUUGUUUGUACGCAUUAAUACUCUGCUAAAAACUAUUCAGUAUUGAUUUCAUUAAUUGAUAUACUAUUGAAACUGGCAGGACCCAAGUAGUUCGCGUGUAAUAUAUUUAACUUGGUAGUUUAUGAAGAAGGGUCACUGUGAAUGACUUGAGGGUGUUUCUGACAUCAAUGUGACAACAUGUGACUACAUGUGACAUGUUAGAACGGCUUAAUAUUACAGCAAUAUUAAUUAACUACGCAUAUUUGACGCACAAGUGAGAAAGCAUUUGCAAAUAAAUUCAAAGAUUGUGUGUGAAGUUGACUUACUCGUAUUGGGCCAGUAUGGUCAACUGAUAUGAAAAUACGUAAAAAUGAGUAUUACUGGGAUAGUUAAAACCAGUAAUGUACACCUUAGAAUUUACUAAAGUGAUGACGACCUGAUAGCCGAAUAAUGCGUGAACAAUUUGUGCGUUAGCGAGAGGUAUAUUUUGUGAAAAAAAAUUAUAUUUUUUUUAAAGAAAUUAUAUGAUCAUUUAAAACGUGCCCACUAUAGUAAUAAUAAUACAAAGAAUUCAAUUGCAGUAUUUUUUUUUGAUUGCAAAAUAGUCAAUCUCAUACAACUCUGAAAGAGCAGCGUCAUUCACAGCACGAAUCUAUCAUAAAUCGCGUUUUUUGUUUACAAUAACCAACUCGUUACACAAACCGCAUAAUGAUACCUCGAGUAUUAUAAACUUAAGAUAUAGAACACAAGGCAUAACAGAGGAUAACCUCUGAUCCGUCCCGCGUAUUAUUCAAAAUGCUAAGGAGCAAAUGUCUUGUCAAUCAAAAAUCGGUUGCAGUUACAGUAUAUUGGCUUACCUUUUUUAUCUUGCUCUCAAUCUGUUAGAGAUGUUCUUCUCUCUUGCGCACUUUGUUUAUUCGCUAGUAUGUUGUAAGUCUAUGGUUUAUGCGACGUACAAGUAACAUUUGCCUAUACAUAUUAUAUUCAAAUAUUAUGUGUGAAGUUAACUAACUCGUACUGGGCCUGUGUGUUCAACUGACAACUACAGACACAAUAUAGUAAUAGAACAGUAUUUUAAAUUCAUACUAGAGCGCCCGUAUCGACGCACGCACACAUACACAUGGUUUACACGGCCGCUUAGCAAUCUUGGGAAGACAAAACCAUUGAGUGCCACGCCGGAUGCCGCAGAGACUGGUCGCUAUCCGAGUUAAAUUAGCUGCGCCGCGCCGUCCACUUCGUAAUUUUUUUCGUAUGUACCAACCCUAGCCCUCCGUCCAGACGUAGUUUUAAAUUUCAAAGCGACCGUUGAGUUACGCAACUGUUCUAUUAUGUACUUUUAUUGUACGGGGCUGUUUUCACACAAAAUGGGCUAAAAAAUAAUGUAACCCAUAAUGAUAAAACGAAUAUACACACUGAACUGUUAAAUGGGACAUUUUACAAGAUGUCGUCAUUGGCCCACAACCUUUAAUUGUAUUCCGUCCAUGUGGUAAUCAUACGUAUACAUUUAAUUUUAAGAUUGCUUAGAUGUUAUUUUUGUAAGCACGUCUUGAUAAUGUGAUCAUCACAAAACUGAAUUAUAUAUUUUGCUACUUAAUAA